AUGGCAUGACAUUUCCAGAUUUUAGGGAAGAAAGUAAACCGGGCAGUGACUGAAAAAGAAUGGCUUCCAAACCUGGUGUUCUAACUGAAUGGCCAUGGACAUGGCUUGGGAAGUACAAGUAUGUGGUAUUGGCUCCCUGGGUAAUACAUUCAACCUACUCAUACCUGGUGAAGGAUAAAAGUGAAAGAGAUUUAUCACAGUUUCUCAUAUUUCCUUUCUUACUAUCAAGAAUGGUGCACAACCAAAUAUGGAUUUCUCUCUCCCGUUACCGAACAGCUAAAGGGGAUAACCGGAUAGUAGAUAAGAACAUCGAAUUCGAACAAGUUGACCGAGAGAGAAACUGGGAUGACCAAAUCAUAUUUAAUGGAAUUCUGUUCUAUAUCGGACAAGCAUAUAUUAAGGAGGGUCAUAAUCUACCAUGGUGGAGGACAAGCGGGGUAGUCUUAACAAUUUUGCUUCAUGCAGGUCCAGUAGAGUUCCUCUACUACUGGCUGCACAGGGCAUUGCACCACCACUUCCUCUAUUCUCGUUACCAUUCCCACCACCACUCCUCUAUUGUCACAGAACCUAUCACAUCUGUAAUUCAUCCAUUCGGGGAGCAUAUAGCAUAUUUCAUACUCUUCGCUAUACCACUGCUUACAACGCUCUGGACAGGGACAGCUUCAAUGAUCUCAUUUGCUGGUUACAUCACUUAUAUUGAUUUCAUGAACAACAUGGGUCACUGCAACUUUGAGCACAUUCCUAAGUGGCUAUUUUCCAUAUUCCCUCCCCUCAAGUACCUCAUGUACACACCCUCGUAUCAUUCACUGCAUCACACCCAAUUUCGGACCAAUUACUCACUUUUCAUGCCGUUCUAUGACUUCGUAUAUGGCACCAUGGACCAAUCUUCUGAUGCAUUGUACGAAAAUUCACUUGUUAGAAAGGCAGAAGCACCCGAUGUGGUGCAUCUGACUCAUCUAACAACCCCAGAAUCUAUAUAUCAUCUCCGUUUAGGAUUUGCAUACCUUGCUUCUGAGCCCCACAAAUCCACAUGGUACUUGUGGUUAAUGUGGCCUGUCACAGUGUGGUCGAUGAUGGUCACUUGGAUAUAUGGGCGCACAUUCGUCGUUGAGAGAAAUGUGUUCAAACACCUGAAACUGCAAACAUGGGCUGUUCCCAAAUACACCAUCCAAUAUUACAUGCAAUGGCAGAGAGAGUCCAUCAAUGGUAUGAUUGAGGAUGCCAUACUGGAAGCUGAGGACAAGGGCAUAAAGGUUUUGAGCCUUGGACUAAUGAAUCAGGAUGAGAGGCUAAAUAGAAAUGGUGAACUCUUCAUAAGGAAGCACCCUAUGCUGAAAGUGAGAUUGGUAGAUGGCAGUAGUUUGGCAGUUGCUAUUGUGUUGAAUAGCAUUCCAAAAGGAACAUCUCAAGUGUGCAUUCGAGGCAAACUAACAAAGGUUGCUUAUUCGAUUGCAUUUGCCUUGUGCCAAGGUGGAAUCCAGGUAUUCACCAUGCAUGAGGUUGAGCAUAAGAAGCUCAAGGCAAAGCUCAGCAUUGAGGCUGGAAAUAAUUUGGUCCUCUCUAAAUACAACCUUCCCAAGAUAUGGUUAGUGGGAGAAGGAGUAAGAGAAGAUGAACAACUAAAGGCAUCAAAAGGAACGGUAUUCAUUCCAUUCUCUCAAUUCCCUCCAAAGAAAGUACGCAAAGACUGCUCAUACAACAGCACACCAGCAAUGAUGGCUCCAAAGCAUCUUGAGAAUGUAGAUUCUUGUGAGAACUGGUUACCAAGAAGAGUGAUGAGCGCAUGGCGCAUUGCAGGGAUACUGCAUGCUAUGGAAGAAUGGAACGAACAUGAGUGUGGUAAUAUGAUGUUCGAUAUUGAAAAAAUAUGGAAAGCCAGUAUUGAGCAUGGAUUUCGUCCUUUGGCUGUAUCUGCGGAGUCAAAACAGAACUUAACCACUAUGUGAUGACAAAAUUUGAGAUGAUUCCGGAAUUGGUAGAUGAUUAGAUCUAUAUUUUGGUGCAGAUCAUGUUCGGGAUGAGUUAAGACUAGUCUGUCAUCAUAACUAUACUUUCUAGAACAACCUAUGGUGUUCACUGAUAUUCUAUAUAAUAUAAGGUAUAAUAAAUUAAAAGUGCUGGCAUUCUGUCAUCAUACUACAUGUUGUGAGAUAUUAGAGAUCCUAACAUUAACUGAUCAAAUACAUCACCAGCACA